AUGAGACGGAAGGUGUACCAUCCAGACUUCAGGAGUGAACAAGAGGAGGCAAACCACCUGGGUGCGAAACGUCUGAUGACCUGUGGACCUCACAGUUUCAAUGCAGGCACACCUGCAGUGCAUGCGUUCUACACUCAGGUGUUGAAUGAAGAGGAGCGGCAGAGGCUUUGUCAGAACAUGGCAGGAGCUCUGAAGGGAGCCCAGCUCUUCAUCCAGAAACGGAUGGUUGAGCAACUGAAGACUGUUCAUGCCGACUAUGGCAACAAGGUUCAGACCUACCUGAACAAGUACAACACAGAGCCCAAAAAGAACACUGUGCACGUGUACAGCCGUCCAGGAGCCAUCCCUGCAUCCUCCAAGAUGUAAUGCCUUACAUUUGUACCGGGGGCUGCUCCCUCAGUUCAAUGGCCACAAAUUCACUUACAUAAUCACCAACUGCUACUACCAAAGACAAGUUCUCAACUUGCU